AUGGCGCUCCCUUCUUUCACCCGCGUCAACAAAAUUGUGUCCAUUCAGGAUCCUGCAAGUGAUGUGUCACCUGCAGCCGACGGGCUAAGGUCCAGCAAAGUUCUUCCUGGUGCCUCGCCACAGACAAUAUUGUUCCUCUCCUGGGGCGAUGCGAAGUUUCGCUACAUCGAAAAGUACACCACCCUAUACAGGGAACUCUACCCUGAAGCCAGGAUCAUUCUCGUCGAAGCCGGCGUAGCAGAUUUUUUCUGGCGGCCAGAGCACACCCAGCGCAAUUUAGUGGAGCCAGUGGUGAAGAUGUUAAGUGAAUUGGCCGAUGAUACCCUCCUUGUCCAUUUGAUGUCAAACGCCGGGUCAAAGCGAUGGGCCACAAUCAACAAACUGUACUUUGAAUCAACUGGGCGUACUCUGUCUAGCUCCGCGACCAUUCUAGACAGCGCACCCGGGCGCACUCAUUUUGAGCAGACGUGGGCUUCGGUGCUACCAGCCUUGCCCCGUGCAUUUCUACCGAGGAUUCUUCUGGGCUUUAUUUUCGGCACUGCUUUGUGCGUAUUGCAUCUUGGAAAGCUUAUUCUCCCUGGACCAGAUGUAUAUGAGUCAGUGAGAGCUGAGAUGAACGACAUUGCCGCCACAGUUAAAGGGACCAGAUGCUAUAUCUAUUCUGAAAAUGAUAAAAUAAUUGGAUGGGAAGACGUGGAGGAGCACGCUAAGGAUGCCCAGCGGAAGGGCUGGUCAGUGGAGCAAGUGAAGUUCCAGGGGAGCACACACGUUGGGCAUCUGAAGCAAGACCCAGAAAUGUACCGACAAGCGAUUAUGAGGACAUGGUUUAGAAGUUCGAAAUUGUGA